AUGCAUGUGGUGGUCGUGGCCGCAGACGUGAUUUUGCUCUUAAGCAUGGGGUGGACCUCAGACUCUCUCUGCUCACCCACUGUGUUUUACAGAGACUGCUGGAUCCGACGCUUCCCAGGUCUCCUAAUUGACCUGGAGGAGUCUCAGAAGCUGGGGGCCCAGUUCUUGAAGUAUUAUUCUGAAAGCACUGGUCAGAAGUGCAGUCGGAGCUGCUGUCUUAGGAAGGAUGCUUUUCACUGGACGUGGCUCUGCAGCAUGGGGCUAGCACGCACCUGCAGUCGGGGUCGAGUUUCCUGUAACUUGGCUGUCUUCUUCCACGACCCUAUUCAUGGCGAUGUCAACUGCCUCCAUAUUCACUGCCCAACCCUGGAGAGCUGCAUAUUGGAGCCCGGAACCAGCGCCAUUUUAUACAACAUAACAGACGGUGUAGAUCCAGAUUUGCUGGUUUUUGAACAAUCACUGCCCACAUAUCUAAACACCCGUUAUUCAUCUAACAUACGGGAGAGACUAAGGAUUCUAAAAGCUAUGUAUUUAGAUAAACAACAAACGACCAUGAUAAACCAAAUGCUACCAUCAGUAGAGGCUCCAUCUUCAACCACAUAUCAAGAUUUGUUUGCAACCACAAAUAAUACUAGGUAUUCCAAGGAAUUAACCACAGACUCUUGGGCAAGAUUCAUUUCUCUGAAUGACUCCAUUACCACAAACGUAAAUAUGGUGUCAGCCAGUACCAAGUUCAUCAACAAUCCAGAUAACAAGACUAUUUCUCCUUUCUUUGUGCCUAUAGACACAAAACUUUCUCAUGUGCCUAUUCCAUCCCAACUCAACAGUAGCAAACAAUUACUGAACAAAACCAAAGGGUACAACAGCAGAAACCGUACAUCUGAGAAUGAAGACACAACACCUGAUGGGGCACCUGUGACUUCCAAGACGUGGUUGGUUCCUGUGGUCCUCUGCACCUCUGUCACCUUUCUCUGCUGUUGUGUAGUCAUCCUGGCAUCUAGAUGCUGUCGAAAGCACCAGGGCCAGUAUAAACUAGGACAGAGAAAGUCAGGAUCCAAGCAAAUUAAAAAAUGUUCCAUUCUGAAGGAGCGCUCUUAA